UGGCCGCCGGGCCGGGUCGUCGUCCUCCCAGGGCAUCCCCGCUCGCGCGCGCGCCGCGCCCGCUCUAUAUAUAUCUCGCGCCGCGCCGGGCGGCGGACGGGAAGGUUUGGGCAAGCAGGCGGACCAGCACAUUUUUCAUUACACCACCAGCAGCAAAGCCAUCAUAUUAGUUAAUCUUUCGCGGCUUCGCGGGUGAUCACCGGCGGCAGGAUCGAGAGGAAAGAUGUCGCAGGGCGCGUCGAGGUGCGCGGCGGCGUGGGCGCAGGCCGAGCGGCGGCCGUUCACGGAGCCGAUCGAGAUCCCCGGGGUCGCCCGGGGCGCGCGGGAGGCGUUCCGGGAGGAGGGGGAGGACGAGGGCGGCGAGGUGGUCCCGCCGCACGUGCUGCUGGCGCGGCGCAGGGCGGCCGGUGCCUCCUCGGUGUGCUCCGGGCAGGGCCGGACGCUCAAGGGCCGGGACCUGCGCCGCGUCCGCGACUCCGUCCUGCGGAUGACCGGCUUCAUCGAGAGCUAACCCCCAGCCGGCGGCGCGCGUCGAUCUGGCUGCCUCGACCUCGUCGGUUACCUUAGCUUCAAAUGCAGCAGCGUGCAGUUCCAAACGGUUGAAUACUAGCUACUGUUUGAGUCAGUCCUUCAUCAUUGGUUAUUUCCCCUUUCGUGGAAUGUGGUUUGAGGCCAGAAAGAUUUGAUGCGGCGAGGCAUUUUGCAUUAUUCCUUUGUAAAUUCAAAGAAAGUGAGGUGAAUUCAGUCGUAGACGUGUGGUGUGUAAGUGUGUUGAUGUAAGAUACACAUGUGCACCAGUGCAUAUUCACCAAUUUGGUUCAGACAAAUAUCGUGUCAGUUUCUUCUUGAAAAAGGAAGUAAACGGAAAUGCCGGUUUCUUCAGA